AUGAUGUGGAUGAGCGUGCAUUAUUGCUGUCUUGACGCACAAUCUCGUAGAAAAAGCGGGGAGCGCGGAAAUAAGAUUCUCUUCCCACAAGAUAUUUCGUUCGGCACGAUAUCCGCGGCAUACCUCCUGCGGGCGGCGAGGCUCGUCGUCGUAUACGACAGGGAGCUCAGGCGCAAGUUCCAGCGACUAGUCAAGCCUUCAGUCCAGCGAAAAGCCAUGGCCGCCGCCCUCGUGCCCUGCUGCUUGAUCGCUCUUGUAGUCCAGCUCAGAUUUGCGGGGGCAAGAAGCAACGCGGGCCAAUGCCUCUUCUUCGACGAAAGAUGGAGCUUUUUCUUUCCGACAACCUUGCUGUAUCUGAUGGCGAUGGCGGCGAUGGCGAACAAGCUGAAAAACACCAACGACGCGUUUAAGAUCAGGGACGAAAUCUGCUACGUGUGCGUGGCGACGGCGAUCACUUCAGCAACAAGAACAGUACACACCUCAUUGGCACAUACAACCUGGUGGGGCGAUUUGGACGAGACGUUUCCUCCAACGGUGAACGACCUUGGGGCAUGUUCGGCAGUGCUGUACAUCAGCUUUUACCGGCCGCUGAAGGCUUUCUAUGGGGUGGGUAGCCAUCGAUCCCUCCACGGAAUCCACGCCGCCCGGCGAAUAUACUCGGGGGACGACGAGGAAGAGGAACACUUUCACAACAGGCAGCAGGCCGAUAAGGGGGGUGGGGGCUGGGGGGACGAAAGAAAGCCGGAGACGUGGGGGGUGCUCCAGAUGCUCCGGAACGGGACCCUGCGAGGCCUGCUCAUCAACUUCUGCGAGGAGUCCCUGUGCGGCGAGAGCGUCGACUUCCUCGUGGACGUGACCAUCAACUACGAGAGCCUGAGCGACCCAGACGAGCAGUUCGGAGCGCUGUCGGACAUCGUGGAGAACUACCUCGCCGAGGGCUCGGCCAACGAGGUCAAUGUCAGCAACGCCUACAGGAACGCCGCGGCCUUGUGGCUGACCAAGCGCGAAGAGUUUCUCGCGCUGGAGGAGGAGACUAGGGCGCACGUCCUGGAUCUACAGCGUGACGAAAUAGCCAAGAUGCUCGCGGAGAACCUCCUGGUGAAGUUCAAGCAAGCGCCGUUGACCGUCGCGGCGAUGCGUGCAUUGAAGGAGGUGGCAGCGGGCGAGAACACGUUGUUUGGGGAGGAAGGCAGCGAAGUCGAAGACGAGGGCAUGCGGAUCAUGCUCCAGGCGUCUGCGGCGGCAGAGGUGGCCAGAAUCCAACGCAUCACCCGCGUCGGAGGCGACAACAUCAUCGGAAGCCCCGGGGGAGGGGUCGGAGGGCUAAAUUCCAGACCGCUGAUGGGGAACGAUCCGAGGGGAGACCGCCAAUCCAGCUUCGAAGACGUCAGCUUCGACGGCAGCGGCUCUUUCACGAUGUACUCGGUCGACACCUAA